UCGUUUAGCUGGCAUCGGUGCCGAGAAGUCAGAUUGCUGGGCCCAAAUGAUUUGAAAAAUUUUCACUUGCUGAUAUUUUUAGAAAAUUCUGAAAGCGGAAAGACUAAGCUGUGUGAGCUGUCUGGGAAUGGACUCCUGAAAAGAUAGAUGUUCACCGACCAAACAGGAGGAAUAACCAAUUAAAAGGUGAAGAAUUUGCAUAAGAUUCGAUUGAGUGCGUUCGCGGAAUGUGUUCCACCUCGGUGCUGUGUCCCCUGUGCGCGGUGCCCAGCUUCGGCAGCAUUGACGCACUGCAGCAGCGGCUGAUCAAGGCGGCCAACGGCCCACUGGCCUGUCCGUUCGCCAACUGCAAGGAGCUCUUCCUGGGGCUGGACAAGCUCACCAUUCACCUGUUUUCGCACACCAGUCUUAUGAGCCAGGACGCAAUUCCGACCCCGGUUACUAGGCAACCUGUUCCUCCCUUGGUGGCCGUGUCUGCUCCCAAAAGAAGGACCAAGCGAGCCAAGCCCCAGCCCGUCGUGGUCGUGCAAUCCCUGCCACCUGUUCCCCAAACUCCUCCCGCCAGUUGUGACAUUUGCGAAUUCAGCUUCCGGAACAGCGAGCUAAGGGACAUGCACAUCCGGUUGGUGCACGAAAACGCGGAAGGAGAGCAGCCAAUAAAGCAGCCAGAACAUAAGGAGCCGGAUCAGGAGCCAUACAAGUGCCAUCUUUGCUCCAAGACGUUUCGCAUGAAGGGCUCCCUUCGUAUCCACCUGAAAGUGGUGCACAUGAUGGGUGUUCCCUGCUCCAACCCCAGUCCCGUGACCACCACCAUUGCGAUCAGUCCCUCGCCCAAGCUCAGCAUCUGCGAUCGCAUCCGGCACAAGGAGGCGGGAGCCAUGGGAAGCCACUCGCACAACUCAUCGCCCACCAGCUCCCAGCCCUACGCCCUGAGUGGAGCCCUCAGCAUGCUCCAGCAGUCCCCCAAUUCACCGGACUCGGGCGGAGCCACGCCCAAGCUGUGGGAGUGCGAUGUGUGCACCAAGUCCUUCACCACCAAGUACUUCCUCAAGAAGCACAAGCGGCUGCAUACCGGCGAGAUGCCCUACACCUGCGAGAUCUGCGCUAGGACCUUCACCUUCCAGCAGUCGUACCACAAGCAUUUGCUCUACCACAGCGAGGUGAAGCCCCACGUCUGCGUGGUGUGCGGUCGGGCCUUCAAGGAGCUGUCCACGCUGCACAACCACCAGCGGAUCCACAGCGGGGAGAAGCCCUUCAAGUGCGAGGUGUGCGGCAAGUGUUUCCGGCAGCGAGUCUCCUUCCUGGUCCACACCCGUAUCCACACGGGGGUUAUGCCGUACAAGUGCGAGCUCUGCCAGAAGACGUUUAGGUACAAGGUAAGCCAACGCACCCACCGAUGUCCCACCGAGGACGCCCAGACGCCGGAGCAGCUGAUCAAGGCCUUCCUGGAGGGGAACGACUCGCCCACUCAGCCCUCGCCGGCGAGUGCCGAAAUAGCUGCCAUUAACACCGGCGCGAUGGCCGAUCCCGAACAGGAGGCACUGCUCUCGCAGACCAUCGACGACAUUGUGGUGGAGCAGUGCCAGAAGCUGGGCAUUUGUGGCGUGGUGCCACAGGAACAAGGCCAUCUCCUAGCCCUGCAGCCUGUUGCAGUGGUGCACUUCAACGGGAACGGCUCCCCAGUGCAGCAACUCCAAAACUUGAGACUCUAUUCGCCCCAACAGACAGAGCUGCCCAGUUCCGACGGCGAGGUCUUCCAGCGCUUUCUGAUGGACGCGACGUAGCUGGAACAGAUAUAUAUAAUAUAUACAUAUUUAAUUACAUCUCGUUUACCUUACGGCACUGUUACGGUAUACCAAAUAACACUAUGGAUUGACAAACUCUAUGCAAAUAAUUAGCAAUAAUCAAUUUUAAUUUAUAAUUUUUCGGAUUACUCCUUUUAAUUCCUAUUUUUAAUAUCAUAUGCUUCCAUUCAUCAUAGUGUCAUUAUAUUGAAAUCAAAGUUAUCAAAUAAAUAAAAAACUAUAAA